AAUAGUGCGUUUGACGUGUGUUCCUACGUUGACUGUUUUCGUCGUGCCUCUAGUUGUUAUCAGAUUAGAUAAAUUGUGAGGUUACGGUAAAUGUUAAAUUCGUAGAAAAUUGAUGUGACAGUCGUUGUCAAUAACUACGCAGUUUAAUAUUCAGUCAGAGAUUCGAGAAUGUUAAUUUUUUCUGCAAAAUAAUAACAAUGAUGCUCGGGAAGGCUUGCCAUGCGUAGGAAUCACUGCAUCGGCUUCAUCUUCCUGUCUCUGACCGUGUGGAGCGUCGUGACGUACUUCCUCUUCCUGCAGCGCCCCCUGGGCACCAGGUUCUCCGAGGUGAGUGCCCCGCCUGCCGUGCUUCGUCCCGUCUCGCUGCUCGCGUCUCUAACGGCCGAUGGAGCAGCCGUCGAGGGAAUCAAAGUUCAACUUUUAGUUGCAAGAAAAGGAAAUUCAGUUUUUAUUCAGGAAACGUAGAAAAAUCAGGUUGCGGUUGCUGGCAAGAGUAACAACGUAGAGUUGCAUUAUAGAAGAAAAGAUCGCCACAUUGAGUUAUCGAUUGUAUAGAUGGCAGCACCAAAUAAAAACUAGUUUUACCACAGACAUGGAUUACAGUGAAGGAAAACAACCCAUAUGGCAAGUCGCAUGCUGCAAGGAAGUGAUAUAUCAUGCAGUUGAGAGGGAGGCGGCCGUGCAGCAGCGCCUGAAGGAGCUGGAGCAGGGCGUGAGGCAGCAGUCGGCAGACAGCGAGCAGCUCGUCAGGCAGCUGCAGCGCACCGUCCACCAGCGGCAGCAGCUGGCUGUGGCGGAUGCUGUGAAGAGACGCGUGGAAGAUGCAGAGGCGGACCAGCUCACGGAUGAGGAGAAGUUGCAGCAGGAGAAGGUGAGGCAGCUGCGCGCGCGCGCGGGGCAGCGGCUGGCGGGGGGAGCGCCCGUGCUCGCCGUGCUGGUGUUUGCCUGCAACCGGGUGACGGUCAGCAAGUGCCUGGACCAGCUGCUGCGCUACCGGCCGUCGGCGCAGCAGUUCCCGAUCGUCGUGAGCCAGGACUGCGCGCACCAGCCGACGGCCGGCGCCAUCGCCGCCUACGGGGACAGGGUGUUCCACAUUCAGCAACCAGACCAGAGUGAGAUUGUGGUUCUCCCGAAGGAGAAGAAAUUCAAGGGUUACUACAAGAUCUCUCGUCACUAUGGCUGGGCGCUCAACCAGACUUUCUUCAACUUCAACUUCGACACAGUCAUCAUUGUUGAAGACGACCUGGACGUGUCGCCCGACCUGUUCGAGUACUUCCUGGGCACGUACGCGCUGCUGCAGCGCGACCCCACGCUGUGGUGCGUGUCGGCGUGGAACGACAACGGCAAGGUGGGGCUGGUGGACGAGGGCGCGCCGGAGAUGCUGCACCGCACGGACUUCUUCCCCGGCCUGGGCUGGAUGCUGCGCCGCGCCGUGUGGGAGGAGCUGGCGCCCAAGUGGCCGGCCGCGUACUGGGACGACUGGAUCCGACAGCCGGAGCAGCGGCGCGGCCGAGCGUGCAUCCGGCCCGAGCUGUCGCGCACACGCACCUUCGGCAAGGUCGGCGUCAGCAACGGCCACUUCUACGAGAAGCAUCUCAAGUUCAUCAAACUCAAUGAGAAAUUUGUGCCUUUUACGCAGAUGAACCUGACUUAUUUACUGAAGGACAACUACGACCAGCAGUUCGUGAAGUGGGUGUACGAGAGCCCCGUGGUGACGUACCAGGAGCUGAAGAGUGGCUCCGUGGCCCACGAGGGUCCCGUGCGCAUCCCCUACCACACCAACGACAUGUACAAGCGCACCGCCAAGAUGCUGGGGCUCAUGGACGACUUCCGGAGCGGGGUCCCGCGCACGGGCUACCGCGGGGUCGUCAGCUUCAUGUACAAGGGCCGGCGAGUGUUCCUGGCACCCAAUGCCAACUGGAAGGGCUACGACCCCGGCUGGAGCUAGCACUAGCCGCGCCCGCAGGCGUCGGUUCCACACUCGCAGCGCAUCACCUUCUGCCAGCAUCGUUUCCUCGGUCGCAGGAUCGACACAAAUCUUUAUUUCCGUCUCUGAUGAGAAGUGUGGCUGGGCUUCUGCAACUUGUUUUUCCCGGGCCGUACGCAUUGUCGAACCGUGUAGAAGCUGUAGGCACCGUGUGGAUUCUUUCCUUCGCGGCUUUGACAUUUCUCGGUUGGCUUCUGAAGUGGGUACUCGCUCCUCGACGAGGCUUUUUGGCUCAUGGUACUUUUCAGGAGCAUUGUAAUAGUAACGCUGUCACCUGUGCAGGCAAAAAUUUAAUUUUAUAACUACGGAGCGGUGUGAGAAGCUUACUGUUUUGGGAUUUCAAGAGAUCACACAAAAAAAAAAAUUGGAAACAGAUAGCAAAUAGAUUGCAUAUUAUAAUGUGAAUAAGUAAACGGAGGGCAAGCAAAUAAACUCCUUUAAUAAUUAUGCUAAUGAUUACUUAGUCAGAGGUGUUUCUGUGUCACUGAGGCGGGAUGAUAAGUGCGAUGUUCACUGCUGCUUCUAGUGCGGUGUCGCCUCCAAGUACGUCUAAGACUGUCGUCGGACAAAUAUGAGAUUUGAGCAGUGACUGUAACAUUAUACGACAAAGAAAUAAAGAUAAAUGUGUAAUGCAAGUCCCUACAGGCACUGCUUGGAGAGUAUUUUUUUUUUGUGCUUUCCUGUGCAGAAUACAUUGCAUAGUGUGCAAUAUGAACAACAACCUCAAAACACAAACACUAUCACUGUUUUCCAUUUCUUCCAGAGAUAUGCUCAUAGUGUGUGUAGGCUUCAAAUUUUUGAAUUCUUCUGACACACCCAAGAAUCCAACCGGAAAACAUAUUUGUUCCCACGUGAUGUCCUGCCUGUGGACGAGUUGACAUAGCCGUGGCCGAAGUGUAGAAGUCUGACGUGGACCGAUGUGCCGGUCGCUUGUACCCCUUCCGAAGCCAGCCGUGGCAUACAAGCAUAGCUACCAGCUAGUCAGCUUCCACGAUUUGACAAGAGUGCUACCUGCUCCAUUUUUUUUAUAUGUAUUUACUCAUUCAUGUGAUAUUUAAACUGUUGUUAAGUGCACACUUGGUUCUAUUGCUCUGAAUGUGGGUCACACUGACAAGUUGCUGUAGCUGCGUUGCUGGCUUUUUAGACACGCCGGUCUUGCAGUGUGCCGUUCUGGCCGAGAUCGCGGUUUCAGGUAAAUUACUGUGCGUGGAACGUAGGUAUCGAUUAGCUUUUCAUGAAGGUGAUCGGAGGUGGCGACUGAUGAUACGGCGUAGCGUACAUUCCGAGCAGUAGCACUGAGAUCUUUUGAUAUUUAUGUUCGUGUGUGUUGUUCUUGUUUCAGUCGCACAGCUCUGUGUGCAAGGCCACUUGCAUGUGUCCAUUGGUUCGAACAGUUUGACCUCGCAUCUUGUAUUUUUGUGUUUGUGUAUUUAUUUAUUGCUGAAAUCUGCAGUUUCCAUAGAUUAUUUGUUAGGGCUGAAUUGCCAAAACUUUAUUUACUGCCGUCAACUCGUCAGUUUCCUUCGUGGACAGUGUUGCGAGUGUCCUUGCAUGUGUGAGGUCGACUCUUGCCGUUCUUGGUUUGUAAAGUGUUAUUUCUUAUUUGUGUUCCUUGAGUGUUACUAGGGAUGGUGAUGUAUUGCGAAUACUUCCAGCACCAAGAUAUAGAUACUGUCUCAUGGCUUUCAUGAUUAAAUUACACUUUGUUCUAGCUAAGCAGGUUCGUAUAGAAUCAUAUCUGAUGUGAAAGUAAUGCUGCCAUAAAUUGGUUUACUUACGCAAAUAAAGCAGAAAACUGGAACCCACUUUUCCACACUUGUCAAAGUGCCAAGAAGAAACCAUGCGAAAUGCAGAUUGUGUAAGCUAGAAGCCCGAGAGAAGGGGCUGAACAGCAGGUUCUCCGAGACGGCUGUUUACGGAAGGGAAUCUACGGAUGUGUACGUAGCGUAGUGAAUUGUUACCGGUGACAUUUCUUACGUGAUACAUCAUCAUCCCAGUGUAUUAUGGGUACAUGUCACAGCUUGUUGGCUAGCGAACUUACCUAAACUACACAGUUGCAAGAUCUGGCACAUGUACCACCUAUCUUGCCUGUAUUUUUCGAUUUUGUUUAAUUUUAAUUCUUGGCAUUUAAAAAAUUAGACAUUCAACAUUCAAGUAUGUUAUGAAUCUUGGCUCUGUGAAAGUGAUAUUUAUUAUAUAGUCUUUGAUUAUUUCAUGGAGUCAGUUGAGUAGUUUUAGCGAUGUACGUACUACGGGUAGCAACUGCACUGCAUCAUGCGCUCCCACACUCCCGGAUCAACAGUGAUAGCUACAGAUUUAGGAAGUGUUUUUUCCUCAUCUGUUAAGUUAUAAAUUUGAUAACUAUAAUUUAGAUACAUUACUUGCCAUUUAUGUACAGGCUAUAUUUCUUUUUAUAGACUUAUACAAAUAGUAAAACAUAACUUAUAAGUUACAAGUUCUCAAUCUAGAAAAUUGCGUGAAUCGAGGGAGGACAGGGCAUAUGACAUUGGGAAGGGGAAGGGGGGGGGGGGAAAUAUGUCUUAAUAUUUAUAAAAAUCUGUUAUUGUCACCAUCAAAAGAAAAUAAUUUAAGAACAGACAACAGAGUGGUUGAAAUGAAAUCCUACGUACACUUCUGGGUAAGGAUGGGAGUCAAAUAUAAAACUACAUUAUAAUCUUCUAGGAUUGAGUAUCAAAUUUUAAACCAAUGUAAUAAACCACAUCAGACUUCUUCACGAAUUUUCAAAUCAAUAAUAAAAACACUUAAAUUCACAAAAAUAAAAUUCAGUUUCAACAGUAGGGGGGGGGGGGGGGGGGGGGGCUUAGUACCACUUCAUUCUGAUGGAUAAAAUUUAGACCUUGUAUGAAACCAUCCACAGAAAUUUAAACACAACUGAUUACCAAAACAUCCAUGAAAAUGGCACUCUGCUAAUUUUCCCACAGAACCGUCUAUAGCAGUUGCCAUGGAAAACUUUCAAGGAAACUUCUUUACAAGUUUUUUGAUUUGCCUCUGGAAAUGUAGUUAAAAUAAUUUAAUGAUUAAUUUAUUUUUAAAAUUAUUAAAAAUAAACAAGUAUUUUCAAAAAAUGUAAAGUUCUGCCUGUUUUUUUUUUGAGUACCAAGGUAUUGGCCGAUGUCUGACACCAAUACCAGCAUCGUCAGAACAGCCCUAAAAUUGAAGUGAAGCAACAAUAAAAUACAUCUGAGAUGUUAGACAUCAGCAACGUCUCUUAACAAAACAAAUGCCUUGAGACGAAAUACUGGACGAACAGCAGCACUGCUGCACAUUUGACGAGGCAAAGAAAAAAGCCGGAAACAGACAUGAAAAAUUAUUCAACUUUUCACGUUGUUUAUAACUGACAUGUGUACAGUCAGAUAGCAUUUAGUUGUGGAUGCCAUCCUUUCUCGUGCUCUCAUGUAAUAACAGUUACUAGUCCAGAGAAAACUACCUAUCUUUGCAUUACCAUGUACCACUUUGUUGACAUAUUUUAUUAGUUUUCACCCGCUUGAAAAGUGCUCUCCACUGUAAAGUACGGUAAAAUGUAACAUCUGCAAGAUGCUCUGUUACAUAAUUUCCAAGUAAACCAAAAAUUGUCUACAUUUUAAUAGCAAAUUGUGUUAGAAGCUUGUGGAUCAUGUAAUCAAAAGUAAAUUAAUCAAAGGUCCUUUAUCAAAGACAUGUUGUAAUUUAUUUUUGUGAGCACUUCUCUUCAAACUGCCACUUUUGUUGAACCUGUUUGCACAGAAAAUGUAGGAAUGCACUGCAGAGGGGCUUGCCCAGUUAGCAUGUUCCGAGAAUAGCUUGACAUCAUUCCUGUUCCUCUUGCUGGCAUCUACAGUUCCUCCGAGUCCUUCGGGAAGAAAAUGUAUCAAGUAGGGAAAAAAAACUGGUUUUCUUGGUUAAAUUCUGACCCAACUACUUAGUCCCAGGUAAACAAAGUACAUAGUUUGUCUUUGAAAAUGCAUUUUAUUCAAGCGCUAGAAAUGUAAACUCUUGUAAUCAUUGACAUUUCUGGUUCUAGCUUGAUGCAUUUAAGUAUUAUCUUUCUAGUUUGCUGAGCCCAAGUUCUGUACAAGGUUGUGUUCAAAAUAUUGUAACUGAAUUAUAGAUAAGGACUUGCUUAGAGUGCAAUCUUACUGGCAUAUUUAUUUGAUCAAGCAUCAGAUAUGCAUAUUGCCAAUUGUGUUUUAAUUAUUGUAAACACGGGAGAUAUGUGAUACAUUGUUUCAACUGUUAGCACGUCCAAUUGCUGUUACUAUUGCAUGGCAUUUAGUAGAAUGUCACUUGUUAAAAUACUGUUACUAAACACUACCUGUAAAAAUCAUUUAUUGUACAUAGAGCAUUUAUGAAUUUUCAGACUAAGAAGUAAAGUCGAGAAAGGUU